GUUUCGCUUUCCCUUCGCUGGAAGAAGCCCUGACGUCACUUCGGUGGCUCGCGUUCGUUCGUUCGUUCAUGCUUUUUUUUUUUUCCUUUUUUUUUUUCCCUCCCUUUUCCUUCCCCUCUUUCCUCCGCCGAAGCUUUUCGGUUCCAAUCAGGCUUUUUGGCUGUUUCGGGCUGCCUUGGAAUCCAUGGUUUGUCGGGGGAACUUUCCGCCGCGUCUUUGAGCAAAAAGGCAGAAGAGCGACGAAGAGGCUUAUUUGGUGGUGGUGGUGGUGGGGAGAAGGCUAACUUUUGGGGGGGGGACGGGAGGUGGAGGGGGGGGGCGGCAAGGCUUGUCCCGAUGCAAGAUGCCGAGCACCCGCGCUUUGAUCUUCAUGCUCACCUUCCAGAUCUGCUCCUUGGAGACCGAAACGCCGACAGCUGGCUGCACAUUUGAAGAAGACGGGGACCUAAAUCAGUGUGAAUACAGCCAAGGUGUUGACGAUGACUUUGAGUGGGAGCUGAUCCGAAGCUACCUUCUUCCCCAUCUGACCUCCGACCUUCCUCAUGGUUCUUAUCUGAUGGUCAAUUCCUCCCAGCACAGUCCAGGGCAGAAAGCACAGAUCCUCUUCCAGACAUUGAGUGAAAAUGACACUCACUGUCUUCAGUUCAGCUACUUCAUGUACAGCCGAGAUGGGCACAGUCCUGGGACUUUGAAUGUCUUUGUCAAAAUGAACGGAGGGCCACUGGGAAGCGUGGUGUGGAAUGUCUCUGGCUCCCAUGGUCGGCAAUGGCAUCAGGUGGAGCUUGCUGUCAGCAUGUUUUGGCCCAACGAGUAUCAGGUAUUGUUUGAAGCAGUCGUUUCCAGUGAAAGGCAUGGCUACUUGGGAUUGGAUGACAUCCUGCUCUUGAAUUACCCCUGCUCCAAAGCACCUCAUUUUUCCCGCCUGGGUGAUGUGGAGGUAAAUGCCGGACAGAAUGCUACUUUUCAGUGUGUAGCUGCCGGCAAGGCUUCGGAGACAGAGAGAUUCCUCAUGCAGAAGCAGAAUGGGGUCGUCAUUCCCACCGUCUCAGUGAAGCACAUCAGUCACCGAAGAUUUUUGGCUACAUUUCAACUGGACCAAGUCUUGAAAGGAGACCAGGACUUAUACCGCUGUGUGACUCAGUCUAGCAGGGGCUCCGGUGUCAGUAACUUUGCCGAGCUGAUAGUCAAAGAGCCUCCAACGCCCAUCGCACCCCCACAGCUUUUGAGAGCAGGUUCAACAUACUUAAUCAUCCAGCUCAACACCAACUCAAUCAUUGGAGACGGUCCUAUUGUAAGGAAAGAGAUUGAGUACCGGAUGACUUCUGGACCUUGGUCGGAAGUACAUGCUGUAAACAUGCAGACCUAUAAAUUAUGGCAUCUCGAUCCCGACACAGAGUAUGAAAUCAGUGUCCUGCUGACCCGGCCAGGAGAUGGUGGGACUGGCAAACCCGGACCUCCACUCAUCAGUAGGACAAAGUGUGCAGAGCCCAUGAGGGCCCCCAAAGGCCUUGCCUUUGCAGAGAUCCAAUCCAGGCAGCUGAUCCUUCAGUGGGAGCCUUUGGGUUACAACCUGACACGCUGUCACACAUAUACUGUCACGCUCUGCUAUCGCUAUGCUGUAGGCGCUGGCCAUAACCAGACCUUUCGUGAAUGUGUGAAGAUGGAGCAUGGUACCAAUCAUUACACCAUCAAGAACCUUCUGCCUUAUAAAAAUGUCCAUGUCAAGCUCAUCCUGUCUAAUCCUGAAGGCCGGAAAGAAGGAAAAGAGAUGAUAUUUCAGACCGAUGAAGAUGUCCCUGGAGGCAUAGCUUCAGAAUCCCUCACAUUCACCCCUCUAGAGGACAUGAUUUUUCUGAAAUGGGAAGAGCCGGUGGAACCCAAUGGUCUCAUAACACAAUAUGAGAUCAGCUACCAGAGCAUUGAAUCCUUUGACCCAGCAGUCAAUGUGCCUGGCCCACGACGCACCGUCUCCAAGCUCCGAAAUGAAACUUAUCAUGUUUUCUCCAACCUUCAUCCCGGGACAACCUACCUUUUUUCAGUAAGAGCACGAACUGGCAAGGGCUUUGGUCAAACAGCUCUGACUGAGAUCACCACCAACAUCUCAGCACCUAGUUUUGAUUAUGGAGACAUACCUUCACCACUGGGAGAGUCGGAUAGCACCAUCACUGUUCUCCUGCGGCCAGCACAGGGCAGGGGUGCCCCAAUCAGCACAUAUCAAGUCAUUGUGGAAGAAGACAGACCUAGGAAGAUCAAGCGGGAGUUAAGUGGCCCAGAAUGCUUUCCAGUGCCACUCACUUUUGAUGAUGCCAUGUCCCGUGGCUUGGUUCACUACUUCGGAGCUGAACUGUCCCCAGGCAGCCUCACAGAAGCCAGACCCUUCACUGUAGGGGACAAUCAAACCUACAGUGGUUACUGGAAUCCUCCGCUGGAACCCAAGAAAGCCUAUCUCAUCUAUUUCCAGGCUAUGAGCAAUCUCAAAGGGGAAACAAGGCUGAAUUGUAUCCGAAUAGCUCGGAAAGCUGCCUGUAAAGAAAGCAAGCGUCCCUUGGAAGUUUCCCAGCACUCGGAGGAAAUGGGUCUCAUUUUGGGCAUCUGUGCUGGAGGACUGGUGGUGUUGAUCAUCCUCCUUGGGGCAAUCAUCGUUGUCAUUCGGAAAGGGAGGAACUACUAUUCUUAUUCCUAUUACCCGAAACCUGUCAACAUGACCAAAGCCACAAUCAACUACCGCAAUGAGAAAACACACAUGAUGAGCGCAAUUGACCAGAGCUUCACAGACCAGAGUACCCUUCAGGAAGAUGAGAGGCUGGGAUUAUCUUUCAUGGAUACUCACAAUUACAACAACAGAGGUGAUCAACGUUCCAAUAUUGUCAAUGAGUCCAGCAGCCUUUUAGGGGGGUCCCCUCGAAGGCAGUGUGGACGCAAAGGCUCCCCCUAUCACACUGGGCAGCUUCACCCUGCUGUCCGAGUGGCCGAUCUUCUCCAGCACAUCAAUCAAAUGAAAACAGCGGAAGGGUAUGGCUUCAAGCAAGAAUAUGAGAGUUUCUUUGAAGGCUGGGAUGCUUCAAAGAAGAAAGAAAAGACCAAAGGGAGACAAGAUCACAUGCCUACCUAUGACCGACAUCGGGUUAAGCUCCAUCCACUUCUUGGUGAUCCCAACUCUGACUAUAUCAAUGCCAACUACAUUGAUAUUCGGAUAAACCGAGAAGGUUACCAAAGGUCUAACCACUUCAUAGCCACACAAGGCCCCAAACAGGAGAUGGUCUAUGAUUUUUGGCGGAUGGUGUGGCAGGAACACUGUUCCAGCAUAGUGAUGAUAACAAAGCUGGUAGAAGUGGGAAGAGUUAAGUGUGCCAAGUAUUGGCCAGAUGACUCAGAGAUGUAUGGAGACAUUAAAAUUACCCAGAUGAAAUCAGAGACUCUGGCAGAAUACGUGGUGAGGACAUUCGCCCUGGAAAGGAGGGGCUAUUCAGCAAGGCAUGAAGUAAAGCAGUUCCACUUCACGUCAUGGCCAGAACACGGGGUACCCUACCACGCCACGGGGCUGCUGGCAUUCAUUCGCAGAGUCAAAGCUUCUACACCUCCUGAUGCAGGACCCAUAGUUAUUCACUGCAGCGCUGGCACUGGACGGACAGGUUGCUACAUUGUCCUGGAUGUGAUGCUGGAUAUGGCUGAGUGUGAAGGAGUUGUAGACAUAUACAAUUGUGUGAAGACUCUGUGCUCACGGAGAAUCAACAUGAUUCAGACUGAAGAGCAAUAUGUCUUCAUCCAUGAUGCCAUAUUGGAAGCCUGUCUCUGUGGAGAGACCAGCAUUCCCAUCAGUGAGUUCAGACCUACAUACAAAGAGAUGGUUAGGAUAGAUCCACAGAGCAAUUCGUCCCAGCUGCGGGAGGAAUUUCAGCAGACUCUGAAUUCUGUAACACCCCACCUGGAUGUGGAGGAGUGCAGCAUUGCCCUUCUACCACGCAAUCGUGAAAAAAAUCGGAGUAUGGAUGUGCUGCCUCCAGACCGGUGCCUCCCUUUUUUGAUCUCCAUGGAUGGAGACAGCAACAACUACAUCAACGCGGCCUUAACUGAUAGCUACACCAAGAGUGCUGCUUUCAUUGUAACCUUGCACCCCUUACAAAACACCACAACAGAUUUCUGGAGGUUGGUAUAUGACUAUGGCUGCACCUCCAUCAUUAUGCUAAACCAGCUCAACCAGUCCAAUUCUGCCUGGCCUUGUUUACAAUAUUGGCCAGAACCAGGCCUUCAGCAAUAUGGACCGAUGCAGGUGGAAUAUAUAUCUCGGUCAAGUGAUGAAGAUGUUGUAGCCCGUCUUUUCCGGGUGCAGAACAUAACACGGUUACAGGAAGGACACUUGAUGGUCCGGCACUUUCAGUACCUGCGGUGGUCAGCCUACAGAGAUAUUCCAGAUUCAAAAAAGUCUUUCCUGAAUUUAUUAGCCCAAGUAGAGAAGUGGCAAGGAGAGAGCGGCAAUGGCAGGACCAUUGUCCAUUGUUUGAAUGGAGGUGGACGGAGUGGUACCUUCUGCGCCUGCACCAUGAUCCUGGAGAUGAUCAGGUGUCACAAGCUGGUGGAUGUUUUCUUUGCCGCAAAGACCCUUCGCAACUAUAAGCCAAAUAUGGUCGAGACCUUUGAACAGUACCACUUCUGCUAUGACAUAGUCCUGGAACAUCUGGAUUCACUAGAGACCAGAUAGCAUCUUGUCCAAGCAUCCCAAAGUUGCCAGCAGAGCAGAGCCUAUACAAACUCAACCCCAUGUACACAGUGUUGUGCAUAUGCCAGCCAUGAGUUUGAUAUCUGCGUGUCAUUUCUAUGUAUAUGGAUACUGGAGUGUGCGGAAUGGGCAUCUCCGGUAGGUCUCUUUGUGACGCUAAGACUCAUCGGCUGGAAAGAACCCAGCACUACAGACAGCAGACAACAAGCAAAAUCCAGCCUCUGUCUCAACACGGUCACAGGAGAUUGGAAGAAGCAAUGGGAUUUCUUCUGAAAGCUUAAGAUGCUUUCUGGGCAGCAAAGAUCAGCUUGCAGUUGUCAUUCUUUGGGAAAGCAACGUGGGACUCAAAACGCUCAUCGGACUUGUACAGUUUUCAUUCUCUCUUUAUAGCCACCUCUUUCUUGUCUCCAAAUGAGUGCCUGCCUCCAAAGAGAGUUUGUAAAUUGCUAUGUGGCAGGAAAACUGCUGUAAGAAACAGAACAAAACCCCAGUCAUCUAAGAUGAAAGAAAGCACACGGGCAUCUUUCUUUCAAAUUAAGGUGGUUCAGAUGUUCUCCAUAACCAUCGUAACCAUAUAUACACCGGGGUGUUUUGUUACAAACAAGCUUUGGAAGAGCCUUACUUAGACCAUAGAAUCUAGGAUUGGAAGAGGCCUCGGAGGUCUUCUAAUCCAGCCCUCUGCUCAAGGCAGGAGACCUUAGACCAUCCAACUCAAAUGGUUGUCCAGUCUUAUGUUUGAAAACCUCCAGUGUUGGAGCACCCACAAUUCCACAGGAGCAAGUUAUUCCAUUGAUUAAUUGUUCUCACAGUCAGAAAAAAAAAUCAGAAUAAUGGUGUCUGCAGCUGCAGCCCCUGUCAGGCAUCUUUCCAGGUAGGAGUCCCUAACCAUAAAACUUCCUCAAUAGUGCAAACCCCUUCAACAACUUUGCCACAAGAACUCAUGCACAGAUGCAGACUUCAUAGAUCACCAACUAGCAUGUAAGCCAGAAGAGAAUCAGUUCAUAAGAAUGAUUAAACAAAGGGGCAUGAGUGAGUAAGGAAAGGUACCAUCAAUCCAGAUAAUUCUGUUUUAGAGUCAAGUGUAGACUUUCCUGUGUAUGCUGGUGGCGGUUUUGGAAUGAAAACGCAAUGACAAAUAGCUGUUUUCGGCACUUAUGACUAAUGUGGUAGGAAAACGUUGGGUGAGCUGGUUGGGUUUGCUGGAAUAAGUAGCUUUAUAUUGUCUUUGUGCAGUUUGGCUUGGAGUCAGAAUUUGCAGGAGUUAGUGUUGAAAGAUGCCAGCAUAAGAAUAUGAAGGAUGGGCAGGUAUGUUUUUAUAAGAAUCCAAGACCUUGGAUCUCAUUUCUUUCUUUUGCUCCAUCAGCCAAGCUAAUCAGAUUAUUUCUACAUCUCCCACUCUUGGUGCAAGGUUCUGUUGAGAUAAUUAAUAGAGGAGCUUUUAAUGCAGAAUAGCAUUAGAUCAGGGGACGUGCUCUGCAUGAAAAUUGAGGUGUGCCAUUCAUUUAUUUAAAGAGCCACAGACACUCCAGAUAGGCUUAGCAAAUUUUUACCAAACGUGGAGGACCUGCCUGUUCAAAACGUUUGGCCAUUUCACUUAAAAAGCCCAAAGCCUCCAAUUUUCAGGCAACAGGAUGCGGACAAGUGCAUGUGCAAAAGUUUUUUUUUUUUUUUUUUUACAAAAAAAGCAGAAUUGUUAAUGUGCCUUUGUGUCCUUUAUGAAAUGCAUCACACUAAUGUAAAUGAAUGGUCUUCAGCUGGAGCCAUAAUGAGGAAGUAAACAGCAUCGAAGUGGCAGUUGUCAUUCAAAUGAUUGAAACCCUGCCCCUUUUUGGUACACGAGAUCAGGGGUGUGCUUCAAAAAUUUUAGCAAGGGGUUCUCUGCCCGGUUGCUGGGUGGGCAUGGCCAUGGUGGGCGUGGCCUAGUUGGCCUCCUGCACCAUGGCGGGGUGGUGGUUGUGUUUUUGCCCUCCCCGGGUUCUGGAGGCUUUCCUUGAGCCUCCGAGAGAGCGAAAACUGCCUCCCCAGGCUCCGGAGGCCCUCUGGAGGCCAGAAACAGGCCCUUUCCAAACUUCCGGUAGGCCCGUUUUUCGCUCUCCCCAAGCCUCCAUAUGCACCCUACACUUACCUGCAUCCAAAACGGGCUGUGUGGGGAUUCCCGGGAGGGGCGGGGUGGGCCGGGCCAGCCAGGAAUGGGAUUUGGAGGUUCUCUGAACUGCACAGAAUUAAUUAGAGGUUCUCCUGAACCCCUGCGAACCCACAGCAGCCCACCCCUGCACGGGAUGCAUAAAGCACAUUUUAAAAAAGAGAGGGCUUCAGGUGCCUGGUGGCACUCAUGAUUUUGAUCCCCUUCCUCAUGAAACUCUGGAUUUCAGGCCAUGAAUCUUUUUUUUUCUUUUUUUCUAAUUACUUUUAGUCCUGUCAACAAAGAGCAUUAGUCACUGUCUUGAUAGAUGCAGUAAAGGAAGACGAUUCUUCUAGGUCAGGAUAUUGAUUGAAUUAGCCAAGGGAAAGAAGAUCCGUUGGUUCACAGAAUAGAUAUAGAGAUGAUGCAUUCCUUCUGGGGGGAAAAUGGGUGAAAAAGAAGCAUCAGUAUGAACGGAAACUCAGGCCAAUACUUUUAGGUAUAACAUGGCAGCUUACAUUAUUUCAUGCAUCUUCCAGUUUGGUAUGGGAAUGUGGUGGCUCAGUGGAUAAGAUGCUGAGCUUGUCGACUGAAAGGUCGGCAGUUCAGUGGUUCGAAUCCCUAGUGCCACGUAACGAGGUGAGCUCCCGUUACUUGUCCCAGCUUCUGCCAACCUAGCAAUUUGAAAGCACGUAAAAAAUGCAACUAGAAAAAUAGGGACCACUUUGAUGGGAAGGUAACAGUGUUCUGUCCGCCUAGGGCAUCUAGUCAUGCAAGCCACAUGACCACGGAGACGUCUUCGGACAGUGCUGGCUCUUCGGCUUCGAAACGGAGAUGAGCACCGCCCCUAGAGUUGGGAACAGCUAGCACAUAGGUGCGAGGGGAACCUUUACCUUUACCAGUUUGUAUUUUCUGGAUUUUUUUUUUUUGCCCAAAUGUCACAUUUCAAGACUUUUUGGGAAGAAGAGAAAGGAAAGACCAUGGCCAUCAGUGAGACCUGCUGUUUUGGAUGCAGUCUCUUCCUUUUUUGGGGGAGGAGAAAGGGGGGGAUUUAAAGCUUUUUCCUCCUCAGUGAACUCUGGGGAAAGUGAAAUGACCCCACUCCAGAAGUAGCAGCCAAAUAUAGUAGGGCAAAGAGAUAAAGAGAUAUGGAAACAUUCAGACGGAAGAUGAAUGUGUAUCAUAACAUAAAGUGUUAAUCAAUGUAAUCCCAAAUGGGUGAUUGGACAGAAAGUUCUUUGCAAGAGCUAAAUUGAGAAACAUCUUAGGUGACAGAGCAAGAAUUGAUUAAAAAGAAAAAAAAAAGACUAGAUUUUGCUUCCAACUUAGGUGCCUCUUAGAAGACCUAAGACAUUACUUUUCAAGUACUCCAAGAAAGUUUGAGAGGGCAAUCCUAGAUAUUUGUAGCUAAACACAAUGAUAAUGUAUGUGAUGAUUUUUGUUACUGAUCCCAAGGUCCGAGGCAAAUAUGUAAGUCAUAGGUAAGUCAAGCAUUGUCAGAUACUACAUGUUUCAUCACUUGAUGCUAUCUAUGUAUGAAGCCAGUGUGGAAAAGUAAGAAUGGAAUUGGUUCAAUAUAUAUCGUAUUUUUUGGAGUAUAAAAUGCACUUUUUUCCCUCCUAAAAGAGGCUGAAAAUUUGGGUGCAUCUUAUACUCUGAAUGUAGCUUUUUCAAAGCUUUUUUUCAGCCCUGACGAGGCGCUAGCGAGUGAAGCGAUCUUUGCCUGCUCCCUCCGACUCUCAGCUCUGCUUUAGAAGCUUUUUUUCAGUGAAGCGAUCUUCCGUGUUUUGCCUGUUCCCUCCGACUGUCAGCUGUGAAGUUUUUUUCCAGCCCUAAGGAGGCACUAGCGAGUGAAGCAAUCUCCGUGGCUUGCCUGCUUUUCUCAUUGCUUCUCUCUCCAAAGAUCAAUUGUGCUUUAGAAGCUGUUUUUUAUCCCCAAGCAGGAGAUAAAAACCAGCAAACGAAUGUGCUGAAGCUGACCAGGCUAAAGACACUAGCCAGAUGAAUAUCUGGUAGGCAGAUUUUUUUCCCCCUAUUUUCCUCCCCAAAAACUAAGCUGCAUCUUAUACACCGGUGCGUCUUAUACUCCGAAAAAUACAGUAGUUAAGAGACAAUCAUCAGAGGCCCAGGUAUAACAUGUAGUUGUGCCAGAUUCAACUAAGUCAGCAGAAUGGAAUUAUCGAAAGGUAGAACAGAUGGGUAGAACAGAAACAGAAGGGCCGUCCUUUUUCGUUUCCUUCCUCCUGUGGAUGUGAAGUGAAGAUGAAGAUUGAUUAAUGGGACUAGCAACAUGUAGUGUCUUGCGUUUAAAGCAAAGACAGAUGCGAUGUGUGCUUUUGCAGAGUUUGUACAGCUAGAGCAUUAAAAGGGCUAAGCCUGGAGUACAAUUUCAUAUAAGUACAGAAUAUGGGAGCUUGGAGAAAUAUUCUGCUGGUGGAAAGUCACAUUUUUCAUUGUGAAAAAAGAAGAAGUUCUAGCUUUAAUGAUUGGUGAACUUUAAAUGGUAUACUUGGAAAUAUCUUUGAAGUUGAAGACCACAUAUCUUAAAGUUGCCAAGGUUGAGAAACUUUGGUGUAGAAGUUUCCCCUCUCAGUAAACCCUUGGGAAUUUCUCAAUACAGUGGUACGUCGGUAUUCAACUGCUUCAAAACUCAUCAAAUUUGGUACCCAGAACCAAACAGAACAGAAUAACAGAGUUGGAAGGGACCUUGGAGGUCUUCGAGUCCAACCCCCUGCUCAGGCAGGAAACCCUAUACCAUUUCAGACAAAUGGUUGUCCAGUCUCUUCUUAAAAGCUUCCAGUGUUGUAGCAUUCACAACUUCUGGAGGCAAGUUGUUCCACUGAUUAAUUGUCCUAACUGUCAGGAAAUUUCUCCUUAGUUCUAGGUUGCUUCUCUGUUCUGACCUAGGCUUCCCCAACAGCAUGAAGCCGAGGACUCGUCCCGAUAAACCCCUUUUAUUUAAUUUACAGUGAAUUCCUCUCCAGCAAUGUCUUUCCUCUCCCACAGUCUUUCAAGAUAGUUCACAAUUACCGAGGGUGGACAGGAAGUCGGCCAUGCUGGGAAGGUCACUGACAAAGAAAAAAGGAUAGGCAGAAAGUUUUUCCCAGCCAAAACAAAGGUCAUAUGGUAAGUCACCUGAUUUAUUUGGCACUUGUAUUUUUUAAUACCCGUCGUACCUCCCAGAACCAAUUAACAUUGAAUACUGCGGUACCAGUGUAAUGGGAUGUACUUCUAAUUGGAGAAACCCUCUUUUUGGUGGGGUUGAUUAGCUAAUGCUAAUACCUUUAAAAGGUUUGAAGAGGCACAUUGUGAUGCAAUUCUCAUGUAUCAUAUUCUCUCAAGGAAAACAAGGUGAAGGGUUUUUAUAUAUAUAUAAAAUUUUAUUAGAAAGCAAGGUGCUUUUUUCAGGGCGAUUGAAGCUGAAUAACCUGUGUGGUGCUUAUUUUCAAGAUAUGUAUCUAUUUGUAGGUGAUAGAGCAAGGGAGGCCACUUUUAAAGAAUGGUUAUAUUUGAAAUGUCUAUUUCACAUCUUCUUUUACAAUUUCAUUACAGCCAGUCAGUUUUGAGCAUAACAUUCCCCAGUUUUGCAAUCUUCAGAUAUGUUGGCAUUACAGUGCCUAAAAUUCUGAACCUGCUGGUUAUAAGACCUGGGAGCUGUAGUUUCACUGUCUCUGGAAAUGGUCAGAGUUGGAAAUGACUGUUUCUCAGAUUCCAUGAGAUGUUUGUUGUUUUUAAGUUCAAAUCUUUAAUACAAUCUUUGACCAUCUUUUACAAUAAAAAAAUACAGUUUGACAUAACAAUUCAUUAUUAGGAAAGGGGAAGAAACAACAGGGCUAUAAAUUGAUAUAUCUAACUGAAAGUUUUGCACAGUUGUAUACCUUGGUGAAGAUAUUUGGCCAUCUGAAAUGCAAGUAUGUGGUUAGCAUCCCUUAAAAAAAUAAUAAGCAUAAAAUUUAUCAGUGUGGGUCUCAUAUUUGGAAGUGAUUGAGGCAAUCAGAGGACAUCUUGGAGUAUCAUUAAAAAGCACCCUGAAUGAGGUCAUGGGUUUCCUCCUCCUUGAAUCAACAAGGGCAAAGUCUCUCCGAAUUAAGGACUCCCAUGAAAUCUUCCAGCCAGUAGAGCUGAUGGGAGGGAACCAAAGCAGGCUCUGGAAAAGGCCCAUCUAUAUUUGCUUUGGGUUAGAUUGUAUAGAAGGGUGUGAUGGCUCAGCAGUUAAAGACACUGAGUUUUGUCAGCUGGAAAGCUGACAGCCUGUGUUCGAGAUCCACGUGCCACACGACAGGGUGAGCUCUUGUUACUUGCCCCAGCUCCUCCCCACCUAGCUGUUCGAAAGAAUGCAAAUGUGAGUAGAUAAAUAGGUACCACUUUGGUGAGAAGGUAAGAGUGCCCUCUGCAUCUCAGCUUAUAGUCAUGCUGGCCACAUGACCACGGAAAUGGUCUUCAGACAACACUGGCUCCCUCGGCUAAGAAAUGGGGAUGAGCACUGCCCCCUACAGUCAGAUACAACUUGGCAGGGGAAAACUUUUAUCUUUACCUAGGUUGUAGAGAUACCCUGCAGUAGAAGACUGGUGUCUGUCUCACAUUUGGCGAUAAAGAGCACCGCUGGUAUCAUUUUGAUGAUCAAUGUCCCUGAUUCUCUCUUGUGCUAUUGAUUUGGCUUUCUCCGGGGUUAAAUGGUAUAAAUAUUCAGGAGAGAGAUCAAAACUACAAAGUUUUGCUGGACAGAAAUGGUGCCAAUGAGAUUGGCAGCUGUCUGACAACAGCAGAGGCAUCAAGUCUGCAGGGUCAAACAUACUCUGGUUUCUCUUCAGCUGGUAUAAAUCUUUUUGUCUUUGAAAGGCAUUUAAAAAGAACAACCACCAAUGAAAUAACCAACUAAAUAGUCUAAAGAUCAACUUGUCUGUUGUGCAAGAACUGAUCUACACUGUAGAAGUACUUAACUUUACAAACAGGAUAUGGUCCAACACAGAAAGAGAGGCACUCAUUUCACUUGUGAGUCUAUUUUAAAAGCUCUUUUUUAUGUUACUGCUCCUACUCAGAAUACCGACAUUAUUCCAUGGGUAAGAUAUCGGUUUCUGAACACAGAAUCCAUUGCUUUCAUUAUCGCAUCACCUGAGCUGCUAUUUUGAGAGGUGUUACCAGAGCUUACAUUUCCUGACUCAAAAGUACAUACCGUAAGAGCUUCUAAAUGAGUCACUUCUUCCCCUGUGGCUUAACUUGAAGUCUCGGGAAGAAUAUUCCAGUCCUCAAAUCCAUCUUUUCUACACACACCUCUUUUACCAUGGAGAGGCUGAUGGGAUGAAGACAGGAGAUCUCUUUAGCUGUUCAAAUCAAAAUUGUUCUAUAAGUUCCAGUAUAAAAGAUUGAGGAACUUGUGCUUCUCCCUUGUAUACAUUAUUGGACACCAUUUCCCAUUAUCUCCGGCCAGCAUAGCCCAUGAUGGCAAGAUGUAAGUGUUCCCACAUCCUCCGUUGCAUUUUCCUAAAUAGGAACGUCCACAAGGGAAUUAUUUAUGGUCCAGUUGAUAAUUCCAUUAGAAAGUUUUCCUGAUGGAGGUCACCAAAUUUAGUCAAGUAAUGAUAUGAGGAUUGAUUGGGAAUGAGAUGGGUCUAUGGAUAUAUUUGUUUGACCUGUUGUCUUGAAACAAACAAUUCUGCAUUGAGGAAGAAAUAGUUCUAAAAGAAAAACACACACUUUGUUUUAAAGAAUUAUGAGUCACAUCACUUUGCAAGAACCAUUCUUGUCUCUUCAGCUAUUAUCAGGAAAAUACCUCUUUUAAGAAAGCAGCUGCCACCUGCAUGCAUAUACACACACUAUAUGGUAUUAUCCAUUAUGCUCGAGUUUUCUUGCAUUUUAGGGGGAAAAAAACCAUAUUUCAAAGAUUUAAGUGUACCUAUUAGAACGCCAGUCCCUCAGCUGGAAAUGAUAGAUGUGUAUAAGAAGAUAGAAUGGAUCCUCUAUGAAUGUAGUCACAAAGUGGAAGAAAUAAGAGUUUUUUUCCUGUUUGGAAACUGUCCAGAGUACAAGAGAUGAGAGAGUUUGGGAUUUGGAAAUAACACAGAUAAAUAAUACAGAGCCUGGUCAACACAUUUUAAGACAGGCAUUGACCAAAUGGAGAUGAUGUUCACCAGAAUGAAGGAAAGUUUUUUGAAAAGUCCUGUGAAGAAUAGUUGAAAGAAUUGCCUACAUUUAAUCUGAAGGGGAAAAAUAACAAGAAGAAGAGAGAUCAAGAGGGGGUGGGGGGGAAAGGACUUGCACGGCACUUAGAUGCCUCACAAAUAAUAAAGACUAAAUUGUAGACUAUAAAACAGGGGUCUCCAACUUUGACAUCUUUAAGACUUGUGGACUUCAACUCCCAGAGUUCCUCAGCCAGCAAGUCUUAAAGUUGCCAAGGUUGGAGACCCUGUUAUAAAAGAUACGACAGAUAAACUUCAAUUCUACCUUACAAAACACAGAUCAUCAUUACCGCCAAUGAAGCUGAAUGACAAGGAAGCAAAUUUUGGGAAGAAAUUUCUUGAGGGAUAUAGCAAUAACAAUAACACUUAGACAUAUAUACGGUAUAUCGUCCCUUAAUGUUUUACGGCACUCCCUGAGCAAUUUACAAUGUCAGCAUAUUGCCCCCAAACAAUCUGGGACCUCAUUUUACCAACCUUGGAAGCAUGGAAGGCUGGGUCAGUCCUGAGCCUGUCAGGAUCGAAUUCCAGACUCUGAGCAGUUUGAAGGGAAAUAUUUGCCUGCAGUAUGGCAUUCUAACCACUGCGCCAGGAGGGCUCCUAUGAGAUUUCUCAAGAAUGUUUGGUUUCAAAGAUUGAAGGAGGGAAUGUACAGACAUUUUUUUGAGAAUGUUGCAGUGCUUGCACAGGAAAAGGGACUUCUAGGUUAUCAUCUCUGACUCAAAAUGAUUUGAAGAUGCGCUGUUAUGAUAUCAAAUGGGGGAAAACUCCAUCUUAAAUGUGAGAUAGUUUGCAAUUUCCAACUCAACACACCUGCCCUAGAGAAUAAUGCAGGGGUCUCCAGUCUUGUAAUUUUAAAACCCGUGGCCUUCAACUCCCAGAAUUCCUGAACCAGCCAUGUUGGCUGGGGAAUUCUGGGAAUUGAAGUCCACAAAUCUUAUUGGAGAGCCCUGGAAUAAUGGGCGCACAUAGGAAUGGUGCGCUCACCCAUUUAUGUUAUGCAGAUGAAUAAGUAAAAGCAACAUUAUUGAGUAGAUUUCUUUCCUAAGGAAGGAACAACAUGGCAACAGAUAUACAGCUAAAGAAUCCAGCUGUGUUUCCAUUUUAAGAGAACAACUAAUCAUGGCCACAAUGUUUUAAGAUUUUCUGACCUCUUCUUGUUCCAUCUUAACGGAACUGAUCUUUCCAAAUUCCUGUAUGACAAGGACUCAAACUGCCCUUCUUCAAAUAUUGUAUAAAAAGCAGCGCUCGGCUUUCUGUUAGCUAUUGCAUUUCACCAAGUGUUGCAACACUGUUUAUGAAAUUUAAAUGUGUAUUUUGAAAAGAAAAUGUACAUUUUAAAUCUAUUUUGAAAAGAAAUGUGUAUUUAAGUACAUAUUUUGAGAAGAUUUUUUUUUUUACAAAAAGCCCUGCAAAUCAGUGCAUACGUGGAAUAGGAUCCUAAAUUUAAAAAAAAAUGUGAAAUUGGCAUGAAACGGAAAUAAAAGAUUGUCUAUUUGUAUUGACUCUGUGCUAAUAAUGGGAUAGAGGAAUACUCCUUCUUUAAGUAACUUGUUGAUUUGCUUCAUUCAUAAAUUAUCACUGACGAAAGAAAUCGAUUUAAUUGGAGCAGGGACCAGCUGGUCGGUCAUGUGAUUCUGUUAGGCUGACGUAACCUGUGAAAAUGCAGGGGGAAAAAAGAAUUUCCAGGGAUGAGUAAAACACAGAGCUGAUUUUGUCUGUGAAUAUAAAUGUCAAAUGCCUUCAUUUUCGAUCAAUCAGUUGCUGUAUCUCAUCAUUCGGUCACCUUGUAUCCUUUGGUCCACCGCAGUGUGAAAACUCAAUGUUUCUUUCGUACUUAAGGAAAAGUUCAAAAGUCAACAUAUUUACAUUCCAAAUCAGGUUCAUGUUGCAGGACAUUUAAUUUUUCAAAAAGUGGUUUUUGUUUUCCCUCACUCAACAAGGGCAAGCGUUUCUUUUUUUAAAAAAAAAUCCAAAGUGCUCUCAAAAGCAUCAACUCUUCCUCCAAAAUGCUCAUCCUGUCUAUAAAUGUGUACAGAGAUCUUUGUAUAUAGAGAUAAACAUUAUCCAUAUUAAUAACAGUGUACAUAUUUAUCAGUAUUACAAAUUCCAUGGUGCUCCCCCCUUCCUUCUUAUUAAGAAGUCAGUGAAAUAAAGCAUUUUCAACUGAAGACAAGGGCCACCAAAAUGUUAUCCUUUGGGGUCUGUUGUUGGUUUGCUGUGGCUUUCAUGAACACUUUUGCAAGAAGGUCCAUGUAGCAGAUGGGUUAAACAUUGACUUGUGUCUUUUGGCCCUACUUUGGGGCAAGCUCUUCAUCAGCCACUAGAAAUGCCUUACGAGCAAAGUUGCUUGUUCCAUCAACUUUGAGAGGUGAAGAAGAGAGAGAAGUCCAUAAUAGGAAACAGGGUUCCACAGGAGAUGCCAAUCUUCCCUUCCCACCAUCUCUGGGGCAGUAUAUGUUGUUUUUUUUUCUUUUAUUGAUCUUUCAAGGCAAUGUUUGACAAAUAAAAUAAAAUACAUGUUUGGAAAUGAC